AAUAAAAUCGGAUACGAUUAAUCGCCACGUUAUCGGAACUUUGAGAGAUUUGUUCGAAUUUAGCAUAAUUGACAAUUAAAGCUUUCUAAUAAAUUGGCCCUAACUUGUCGAACAAUAUAGUCAUAUAGAGGCAGUUGCCAAUAUCUUCAGCGACACGAUUAUUUUAUAUAGAAUAAUUUUAAUCUUGAUUUAUAUAACUUGCGUUUUUUUAAAUAAAAAUUAGUUAUAAAUUAGAAAAGAUAAAGAGUAAGUUAGAGCAUCAAGAUUAAAGUUAAUCCACAUUAGUAGAAAAUAUGCAUAAUUAUAGAGUUUGGUCGAAGUCAUCCAUAGAUACGCCGCGCGGAGGAGAACUAAUCGGCAAAAUGGCGGAUCCUUUAGAAAAAUUGGUUGCCGUCGCACGGCAAAAGAAUUUUGUCAAACAGAAUAUCCUUCGCGCGAAACAUUCCUAUCCGACAGAGCUCAAACAGCGGUCCGUUGAUACUCGACACGGCGACACGUAUGAUUUAAAGAGAAGCGGAUUACUUCCGAUUUACGUUCACAAGAAAAAUUAUGGAAAAGUACCGAGAUUUAUCACGGUUUGCGCAAAAGCCGACGUGACGGUAGAAACAGACACGGCUGAACGACUUGAUGGAAAUAAAGUAUCAGAAAUAUCAGCAUAUCGAUACAUCGAUAAGGAGGAGCGCAAGAUGCUGCUAGAUGGCAUGAAGCAAAAGUGGGAGGAAGCAAUGAGACAAUUCCGGAGGUUGCCGUUUCUCGCGAAUACGCUACCGAAGGCGCAGAAGAAGGCGAGGAUGGAGCGCGAGCUGCAACAGCUCGAAAAAGACAUAGCACUUAUCGAGCAGCAUCCGCAAAUAUACGUUUACGAUGACACAAUGCCGAAGCGUUAUAACGCCCAUCUGUGCUACAAUUGGUGGCAUUAAUCGCCAUCCCUGUCUGCCUGCCAAUGACAGGCUGCCAUGGGCAAGACGUCAACGUAGAAACGCGACUUCGCAGCCGACAACGGUGGUCGAAACUGGGCCAAUCGCAACGGCCGU